AAUAUCGUUUAUAAAGGGUGUCAGAUGGUGCAAGAAAGAAUCUGGGACAUUCAAGCCCAUCAGCCUACAAGAUUCUCCCAUUAUGACUUUAGUACCUAGCGGCCAAGAUGGAUGCACUCAAUUUUCUUUAAUAUUUUAUCACAUUACACAAAAUGACACAGAUCUGGAAAUCAUGUGUGAUAUGAAAAGCUCUAUUUACGAUACUGAAUGUCGGGAAUAUAGUAAUACUCCGAAAAUUUUGAUAAACACAAGCAUCGAAACCAAAGCAGGCAAUGAAUGGAGAUUAUCACCAAUAAUAAUAUACGACAAAGAUGGCAUCAUUAAUUCACAUAAUUUCACCAUGCAAGGAAGUGGUAAAACAAUUCAACUACUUUGUAUGGCAUCUACAUUCUCUGCACCAAAAUUGGCGGUAUUGAACUGGUGUGUCAGAAAGAAUGACCAAGUCAUCUGGAACAGAAUAGUUCUUCAAGAAGAGGAAAUAAAAGCUUUUGGAAACGAUUCUGUAGAAUCGGUAAAAUUCAGCAGGAUAAUCUACCAUAUGACACAAUACGACAGAGCAGUCCAUUUCCGUUGUGAAGUUUCUAAAUCUUCCUUGAACGCAUGUGGAACUGGGCUGAGUUUCGUUAAUGUGACAAUAUCGAAGAAAGAAGAAAAAAAUCCAAUUGCUACUGAGAACCAGAGAACUGUUACUGCUGGUACCACAGUAUUGUCACUGACCUCAACUGAAAACCAUAUAACCAGUACUGUAACAGCCUUGGCUGCCUUCUCAGUGUUGCUAUGUAUCCUACUGGCAUUAGUUGUUCUGUUUGUGAUUACGACAUAUAGGAGAGAGGAAACUACAUUAUUUGGUUUUAUAAUCAAGAUAAAACAAAAAAAUAAGGAAACUGAAGAAAUACAGAGAAAAGGGAAGAAAAUAAACAACUCACUUUCAAAGGAGAGAGGAAAAAACGAUAAUAAAAAAGCGAUCGAUGUUGGUUUUGAAAGACAAGGUUUUUACGAAAAUGAAGUUUUGAAAUACGAAAAUGCAAAAGAAGCAUCGACAGGAAAAACUGAGUACGAAUCAUGCAAAUAUGAGGAACUGCAAGUAAAAGAGAAAGAACAGGAUUAUGACGAACUAAAUUUGACCAAAAUAUAAAAGAAAGACAUUUUAAAGAAACAUUGCGGACAGUGUUGACAAAAAAUAUAUUUAAACAGAUGUGAUAAAAAAAUGUUUGUGACAGUUUAGAACUUUGUGCCUUCUUUUUUUUUUAUUCAUCUGCUUUUUUCCGUUUUCAUCAAUCUCGCUUAGCUUUACAAUUUAGAUUUUUAAAUAAUUAAUUUUUUUGUUUGUUUUAUAGUUCAUAAAAUAACAAUAUAUAAAAUGUUGCAAAGUCUACGAACGAUUUCAUUCAUUUGCUGUAGUAGUAUUCAUUUGCUCACCAGUAGUUGUUGCUCUU